AAUUAUGGCCGACUAAUUUUCGUGGAAACCUGGAGGAAAUUAUUUUUACAACGAAUUGUCUGCCAAAAAUGAUUCAGUGUAACAAAAGAUUUUAAGAACGUCUAUAUGUUUGGCAUCUAUCAUUUGUUUAUACUGACAACAAUAAGAGAGAAUAUCUAUGCUAACAUUGAUCAUUGUUUCAGUUAUUGCCUUGAUCUCCAGUAGUGAAGGUACAAAAGUAAUGUAUGGCUUCUCGAGUAGAGUGGGAAGAGGGAGUCUGGCACGAACUAUAUAUAACCGUGUGCUUGAAGAUGAAAAUCACAGACAUGACAACCACAGCUAUUGGUAUUUUGUAAAGCGCUCAAGUUUACCAGCUGAUCUGUGUGACAGUUUUCUACAGUUAGACCAGGACAGUGAAACUAGUGAUUUCCUCGAGAAUUGUUAUGAGAAGUCAGACUGGGUGUUCAUGCAGAUUUACCACUCUAUUGCCAAGUCUUUACUUAGCUGGUUUAUGGAAAACACCUCUAUAAAUGGUUGGCUAGGCAGAGGGUCGAUGUUUGUAUUUUCUAGGCAACAGUUUAUGCAGUUAAUGGACAUUGAUGUAGAUUGGAAAGGAGAAAAUCUGUUAGACCUAGGUGCAGGGGAUGGUGAGGUUACAAAAAUGAUGGCACCUUAUUUCCAUCAAACUUAUGCCACAGAAACUUCGAAACCUAUGGUUAGAAGGCUGACUGACAAAGGAUACGGUGUUCUAGAUGUUGAUUCCUGGGAUGAUGGAUCACUGACGUUUGACCUGGUUGCAUGUUUGAAUCUCCUAGACCGCUGUGAUAAACCACUCAGUAUUUUACAUUCCAUUAAGAAAGUUUUAAAGCCAGGAGGCCGAGUUAUUGUAGCUGCAGUUCUGCCGUUUAAACCCUAUGUGGAAUUUGGACCAUCUGACAAUAUGCCAACAGAAGAGAUAAUGGUUAUGGGUAGAACAUUUGAGGAACAGUCAACAAGUUUUGUAAAAGAUGUAUUUGAACCAGCUGGUUUUGAGCUUGUCAAGUUUUCUCGGGUGCCAUAUUUAUGCGAGGGAGACCUGGAAUCAAGUUUUUAUGUUCUACAUGAUGCUCUUUUUGUGUUGAAACUAAGUGAAUAUGGUUGAAAUGUGAAAAUGUAAGAAAUACUGCAAAAAGAGGAGUAUUGCAUACAAUAAUGAUAUGGUUCAAUUUUUUGCCUUGUUCAAAUAAUGAACUUAUACAAUCUCUAAGAAAAAAUAUGUACAAAAUAUAUUGAGAUCAGAUCUGUUCAAAUUAUAAAUGAGCAUGGAUGUGGGAUAAUUUUGUACAUUUGGCUUCUUUCGUGCUUCAGGCAUGUGUAACAAGCUUGGUUAAUCUGAAAUGGUGUAAGGUUUCUCACUGACAAUGAAUGGUAACAUAGGAAGUGGUGUAAGGGUUUUUAUAUGCUUUGUUGCUUUGAUUGUAAUUUAUUUUGUUUUUACGUACAUUUUUAUUUUGAUCAAGGUUAUCACAGUCAAACAAACACCAAGUCCAGUCUGACAUAUCAGGCGAUUAGAGACAUAUCACAACAUGGGAACAAAUACUGUCAAACUAUUCCAGUUUAUUAGAAUAAAUGUGUAUAGAUAUAUUGUUUAGCAUCAUUUACAUCCUGAAGCAAAGGUAAAUUUUGGAUUGUCAGAUAGUACUUUUAUUUCACUUUUACCAUAUUGUUAGAAAAAAAUUGUAUGAAACACAAGUCAGACGGCAGGGGAAACCUUAAUUUCUAAAGUUAUGUGCUAUAUACAGUUACAUGUAAAUUAAAACUAUAAUUGGCUAUAUACCAUAUAUGUUUUAACAAAAAGUGACACUGGUAUUCACUAACAAAAUAUUCUAUAGGAGCAAAAAAUAGCAGGGCUGCUUGAUUUUUCAAAGGUUAACUUGUUACUGAUGAUUUAUAAUGGUGUAAGUUGUUUUUAAAGUCCAUGGCAGGGACAACAAUAUAACCCACAUUAAUUAUUUCAUUAUGUUUUAAUUCUAACAUGCUUUAAGAACCCUUUAUAUAUUUCAUACUCGCAUACCAAUAAUAAUAAAUACAUUUUCAUAAUAACAGUUAUACCAAUAAUUUUCAUUGAAUAUUGACAGAUACAAAUCAUUGACAUAUUUCAUUAUGAUAAUUGCUUAUCAUUGAGGAGUUUAUUUUACUUUAUAGAGUGAAAUAGUCUUCCAGUGAGUGUUUAAGGUUUUGUUUCCUGGAUGGUGCUUACAACAAUGUAAAUAAGGAAAUAUAAGAAUGAAAUAUUUUUCCCUCUAUAUUGUUGCAUAAAAGCUUGUGGUCUUGUAAUUAAAAAAAUUCCCAGUAAACUUAAUCAUUUUAAAAAUUAAAGGAAACUAACUAUUAAAGGGGCUCCACUGAGGUUUUUUUUUGACAUGAUGGGACUUGAAAUACAUUUUCGAGAAAAAUAUUCCAUUUGUUGUAGGACCAGACAAAUAACUUGUGUGCAAAAUUUCAGAUCAUUCACUCACUCUGAUAUUUCAGAUAAAUUAUUCUUUAUCCAUAAAAAUGGCCUUAAAUUUUCACUCAAUAGCAUAAAAUACGAUUUUUAAUUUAUUUCCAAGUGUAUUUCUCAAAUAUCUUUUGUAUAUCACUAUGUUUUAAGUGCCUCAGCUGAUCUAUGUCAGAAAUUUGAGUUUUAUAGUUUAGGCUUUUUGACUUCAGUGGAGUUCCUUUAAGAUAUCAAAGGGAUGUUGGUACCUCUUUGUUCCGGGAACUCUCAUAGAUGACAAUAUUGACCAAAUUUACUCUAGGUUUAGCUGAAUGAAA